AGACUUGUCCAAUGCUGCUUCGUGUGUUCUGCAGCAUGGGGCGUCAUCACAGAUUGGAUGAGUUCAACAGAAACAGUGUUCCUUCCAAUGAGCUGCAGAUAUACACUUGGUUGGACUGCACUCUGCGAGAGCUGAUGACACUCAUCAGAGAGGUGAACCCAGACACAAGGGCCAAGGGUACCAUGUUCCAGUUCUCCACCGUGUACCCUGACCCCCGCCGGGGAGGCUUCCGGAUGAAGGAUCUUGGCCAGACCUGCUCGGGGACGAGGGGGACAGACGACAACAUUACCCUCCAUUCCAGAAAGUUUCAAAUCGGGACUAUGUAGACGUGGCUAUAUCUCUUAGGCCACCCAGAGGUCGACUCUACUAGCGUAGUGUGACCUGGUGUUCAAUGAUACACCUGUUAUUAUGCUUUCUUCGAAUGAUGUUCUUUUCAUGGUAACACUUGUCAAUUG